CGAGGAACUCCUAAAAAUCCAAUGCUGAUAACAAUGUUCCCUGCCUGGGAAACCUGUUUCCAUGCAGCCAGGAACCUCCUGGCAGCUGGACUGGGGGGCACCUGCGCAGGUGAGUGGCUGCACGUGGAUAUAAAGGGAGGGAAGGCCAGCAGGAGCACCCAGGAGGGAACAGCAGGGAGAAGAGCUCUGACCUCCAGCAUCCCGUGGUUGCACUGCCCAGACUCUCACGAUGGUUUCAAGGAAGGUGGUGGCUGGUUUGCUCCUGGUGUACCUGGUGUCUCUGCUGGCUGAACAGGCUGAAGGCUUCAUGCCCUUCUUCACCCACAGUGACUUCCAGAAAAUGCAGGAGAAGGAGAGGAACAGGGGAGGGCAGAAGAAAUCCCUGAGCUCCCUGCAGCAGCUGGACGAGGAAGGCUCCUCUGAGCAGCCCGGUGUGGGUGCCAGCACAGCCAGGGCCAUCCAGCAGGCUGUUCCUGUCAGACCUGGGAUGUGGCUCACCCCAAGGCAGCUGGAAAAAUACCAAGAUGCCCUGGAGAAAGUGCUGGCAGAGCUGUUACAGGACACUCCAGACGAUGACUGAUAUCUGCAGAAUCAGAAGAGAAAGCACUGGAGCUGCUAAAGCUGAAAGACUCCACUUAUGUAAACGAAAUCUGUAAGAGAUUAACAGCAAAAUCUGAGGUGAGAUAAUAAAAUGCGCAGCACAAUUAAA